CACCCAAUUCAUCCUCCGGCAAAUCCCAACCACAGCGAGCGCGGGCUCCGCUCCAUGGACGCCCCCCACUUGCCCGUCCGCCGCCAUCUGCCACCGCCGCUCCAGCUCCCGCCCUUCUCGUCUCCGAUUCUCUGGUACCGGCGCCGCGUCGCCAGCGCCGUGGCAUGCUGCUGCUCCGCCGCGGCGGGGGACCAGCACCAGCACCAGGAGCGGCCGUGGGAGUCCUACGACCGCGAUAUCCAGUCCCACGCCGGCUCCGACCUGUCCCGCUCCCUCGGCCUCCUCGCCGACAUGCAGGCGGCCGGGGCGCGCCCCAGCGCCGCGGCGUACGCGCGCCUCAUCCGCGCGCUGGGCCGCGCGGGGCGCACGCUCGAGGCCGAGGCGCUCCUGCUCGAGAUGCGCCGCCUCGGCCCGCGCCCGGACGCCGCGCACUACAACGCGCUCCUCGAGGGGCUGCUCGCCAGGGCGCACCUCCGCCUCGCCGACCGUCUCCUCCUCCAGAUGGCCGACGACGGCGUCGCGCGGAACCGGCGCACCUACAUGCUCCUGCUGGACGCGUACGCGCGCGCGGGCCGGCUCGAGGACUCGUGGUGGGUCCUGGGCGAGAUGAGGCGCCGGGGCAUCCGGCUCGACACCGAAGGGUACAGCAUGCUGGUGCGGCUUUACCGGGACAAUGGCAUGUGGAAGAAGGCCACCGACCUCGUUAUGGAGAUGCAGGAGCUCGGGGUUGAGCUCGAUGUUAAGAUUUACAAUGGUUUGAUCGAUACAUUCGGCAAGUAUGGCCAGUUGGCGGACGCACGCAGGGUGUUCGACAAAAUGCGCGCGGAAGGGAUCAAACCAAACAUUUCGACUUGGAAUGCUCUGAUUCUAUGGCAUUGUCGAGUUGGGAACAUGAAGCGUGCUCUGAGAUUCUUCACGUCAAUGCAGGAGGAAGGGAUGUACCCGGACCCAAAGAUAUUUGUUAUGAUCAUCAGCCGAUUGGGGGAGCAGGGGAAGUGGGAUGACAUAAAAAGGCUGUUUGACGGCAUGAAGAAUCGAGGUUUCAAGGAGAGUGGCGCAGUGUAUGCUGUAUUGGUUGACAUUUAUGGGCAAUAUGGCCAUUUCCGUGAUGCACAUGAGUGUAUAGCUGCUCUCAAAGCUGAAAAUACGCAGCUUUCGCCUCGCGUCUUUUGUGUCCUUGCCAACGCUUAUGCUCAACAGGAAUCUAAAUGUAGUACAUUUGAGAUAAUGAGAAUCGCUCCAUUUGAAUUUUUGAUAAGGGGGUUGUGUGAACAAAGUGUAAAUGUACUUCAGUUAAUGGAGGAAGAAGGAUUUGAGCCAAAUCUUGUUAUGCUGAAUUUGUUAAUCAACGCUUUUGGCACUGCUGGAAGGCAUUUAGAGGCACUGGCUGUAUUCCAGCAUAUCAAGGAUAGUGGUAUGAGCCCAGAUGUUGUGACAUACACUACACUUAUGAAAACAUUCAUGAGAGCAAAGAAAUUUGAAAAGGUGUCUGAAGUUUACAAGGAAAUGGAACGUGCUGGAUGCACUCCAGACAGGAAAGCUCGAGAAAUGUUACAUGAUGCCUCUGUUAUAUUGGAACAAAGAGGAUGUAUCUAUUGAAAUUGGAACACUUGCUAUCCUAAAUGGCCCAGGUGUCAAUGUUCCUAGUGUCAGGGUCACCGCCCUUAGUGCUUGCAAAUGCAUGGUGAAGAAAUCAUCUGAAAGGAAACAGAAGGCAUACUUGAUUUACUUUCAACAUAUCAGCUAAUCCUUUGAUCGCACUUGAUAGAAAGUUCCCAUUCAUCAAGAUGAUCGCUCAUUGGUAUUUUUCUCCUAUGCUGGGAAAUAAUGUGCCUGCAAAGAGUGGGAGGAUCACAGCAUAACUCUCGUGUCCAAAACUUCGAAAUAUUUAUGUUGCACAGAGAGGUGAAAAAGGUCUGGGUUUACUGAUGCUGAUUUGCACUUAGGUGGCCAAUCAGGAUUACUGGUAUGCUUUAAACUUGAGUGCAAAUGUCAAUCAGGGUUGAUGGUCAAAGUAACCCUAUCAGGCAUAAAUAAAGGAGGAAUCAGAAAGCGAGAGUCAUGAAUAAUGAGAAGGAUAUAGACAACUAUGGGAAUGAAUUGAUAUUGUGGAAGUUCCUUAUGUUGCUUUCAUUCUGAGUCAUAUCUUAGGAACUGGUGCGACAAAUAAAUGUAGAAAAAUAUUAGGUGUGCUGAUUAUUGACUUUGUGACUAGAUUCAGCUAACUACAGGGUUAGCUUAUGUAAUCAGCCAUCAUGUGGUUUCCAGCCAACUAUAUUUUCAUUAAUUAAAAUACUUUUCAUUUC